CCCUCUAAAAGCUGGUGCCUACUUUCUCUGGAGAUUCUGAACCGCAUUGAUGGCAUGCCAAGUCGCGGACCACCUCGAGCCAUGGCAAGACCUGGAGGACAAGGUGGUCUUGGUCACCGGCGCUUCCUCGGGUCUCGGCAGCGAGUUCUGCCUCAACCUCGCCAAAGCCGGCUGCAAGAUCGUGGCGGCCGCCCGCCGAGUUGACCGGCUCAAGUCUCUCUGCGACGAGAUCAACAACCUCACCCACUCGAACCUUCCUCCAAACGCUGACAGGCCUGUCCGAGCCGUAGUAGUCGAACUUGACGUCACCAGCGGUGGCUCCUCCAUCAGCGCCUCAGUUCAGAAGGCUUGGGAGGCCUUUGGACGUAUCGAUGUUUUGCUAAAUAAUGCGGGCAUUAGAGGCAAUGUGAACUCUCCUCUGGAUACAUCUGAGGAGGAAUGGAAUAAUAAUCUGAAGACAAACUUGACGGGAUCAUGGUUGGUGUCAAAAUAUGUCGGUAUGCGCAUGAGGGAUGCCAAGAAUGGAGGAUCAAUCAUCAAUAUUUCUUCCAUUGUUUCUCUUAAUCGGGGACAGUCACCUGGAGCAGUAGCUUAUGUGUCUUCCAAGUCAGGCUUGAGCGCCAUGACAAAGGUAUUGGCUUUGGAAUUGGGGGCAUACAAUAUUAGAGCGAAUGCAAUAGCACCUGGAAUAUUCAAAUCGGAGAUAACUGCGGGCCUUAUGCAAAAAGACUGGCUCAACACUGUGGUUCAGAGAACAUGCCCUUUGGGGACCUAUGGAACAUCGGACCCUGCAUUGACAUCCCUGGUGCGAUACUUGAUUCAUGAUUCUUCACGAUACAUAUCAGGUAACGUUUUCAUUGUCGAUGCAGGCGCAACCCUGCCGGGUGUUCCCAUUUUCUCUUCCCUUUGAAUCUCUUCUACGGUACUGGUUUUCUUGGGUUAUUCAUCAUGUAAUACCCAAUACAUCUCAGAGUAUAGCCUAGAAUUUUAAUUUGGAAGGUGAUGGUUCAUCCCGGUACACCACCAUAGACUCCAAAGCUCCUUUAUUGGAUUUCAGACUCUGCAGCUCAGAAUUUGAUUGUCUCAAAAUUAUACUGGAAAAUAAAAUAAGGUAUCCGAUCCCCCAUAUCCUUAUAAUCGUGUUAUUUGUGUGGCUUUUUUUGAGUUCUGGUUGCUGAAAAUAAUGUGGCAAUUGGAAUGAACCCAUUGAAUAUUAAAAUCUACAUCUACUGGGUGUAGUGGUUUCUGCUUGAUGUUCGGUAUUUAAGAUUGAACUUCCUGCUU